UGACACUUGAAGUACGGUGUCGAAAGGAUUCGAUUGAGCUCUGCGAAAUAUCGGGUUUUUCAAAAGAUGUAAUACCUAUAUCUGCAAAACCAGUUACAAAUGUUAUGUCGUCAUAGAUAACGCAGUGAUAUAAAAUGUGUAAUAAUUAUAGGGCGCACGUACUCUUCACGUUGUGUAUUUUUUAUCGCACAUUCAGUUCAGUGUUAUGAUCGCGUCAUAGCGCACGGUUCGCCUCCUGGAGACAGUCGAUAUUAUGCGGCCCGAAAACGAGAACUAUAUAACAAUACAAUUAUGAUGCCUAUGGUGUAUACAGUGUACGGUUUUGCGAUAUUCUUUAUUGUCGCGUGGGUGUGUCUGUGGUUGAUUCAUAUAAUGGCCCUUUCUUACUGCAAAUGGAAGCUUCAUCGAACCGUGGACCGGUCGCCGCCGGAGCAGCCGUAUCCGGGCGUGUCGAUCCUGAAGCCGCUUACUGGCGUCGACCCCAACCUUUUCUCCAACCUGGAGACAUUUUUCUCACUCGAUUACCCAACGUACGAGUUGUUAUUUUGUGUGGAAAGCGACAACGACCCAGCGGUGAUGCUAGUGAACAGCCUCCUGCACAAAUAUCCUCACGUGGAAGCGCGGCUGUUCGUCGGCGGCAUAAAUAUCGGGGUCAACCCGAAGAUCAACAACAUGCAGCCGGGCUACCUGGCCGCCAAGUACCCCCUGGUGCUCAUCAGCGAUGCCGGCAUUAGAAUGCGCGACGACGCGCUGCUCGACAUGGUGCAGCACAUGGGCGAGGAUGUGGCCAUCGUGCACCAGAUGCCAUUCGCAUACGACGCGGAGGGGUUCGCCGCCGUCUACGAGAAAGUGUUUUUCGGCACUUCGCAGGCGCGCAUGUACCUCGGUGCUGACUUCUUGGGCAUCAACUGUCAUGUCGGCAUGUCAUCGAUGGUGCGCCGGUGCGCGCUCGAGGAGGCAGGCGGGCUCGCCGCGUUCGCGGACUACCUCGCUGAGGACUACUUCAUGGCAAAGGAGAUCACGUCACGGGGGUGGCGGAUGCGUGUGGCGUCGCUGCCGGCAUUGCAGAACUCCGGCACGCGGUCGGUGGGCGCGCUGCAGGCGCGGCUGACGCGGUGGGCGCGGCUGCGCAUCGCGAUGGUGCCGGCCACCACGCUGCUGGAGCCGCUGAGCGAGUGCAUGCCGCUGGGCGCGGGCGCAGCAUGGGCCGCGGGCCAGCUGCUCGGCGCGGAGCCGCUGCCUUUCUUCCUGGUGCACGUGCUGGUGUGGUUCCUCUCGGAUUGGUUGAUGCUGUGCUCGGUGCAGAACGGCUCGCCGCCGUUCUCUAAAGUGCAGUUCCUGCGCGGGUGGGUGUGGAGCGAGUGUUGCGCGCCGUUUGUGCUCGCGGCGGCGCUGCUCAGCCCCGAGAUCUCGUGGCGGACUCGCAGCUACCGGCUGGACUGGGGCGGCCGCGCGCACGAGCUCAACCCCAAGCUCAAGUUCUGAGCUUGUUCUCUCACUCAUACUCAAAAGCUUUAAUUUGGUGUCACCAGUGCGGUAAAGUGUUGAACACCACUGAAUUUCGAAUGUGUGUUUAUAACGUAUUUAGUAUUAAGUUUUUUUUUAUUUUAAUUACAAAUAUUUCAUAGUUUUGAAAUGGGUGAUUGAUUGUUGCUUUUGUUUUAGAAAGAUUUGUACAUUUAUUAAAGUAACGUGGAACGUUUGGUUUUGUAUUUUUCACAAGAGGAACAGGUGAGCAAAUGUUUUUGUUUGUUGUGUUUCCGUAAAUGCUGAUAAUGUGUUGUGAUACUGUUUGCUGCAGUGAUGAAUCACAGUUUAUCAUGAACAUUACGAGUGACGGUGCACACAAGCUGUGACUCACACAAGUGACAAACCAGUGUGAUCCACAAAAGAAUUUUUUUGAAUUCUCAUUUUGAAAGCCUGAUGCCAUCUGCUAUUUAAACUUAGAAUCACAAAGCUAUUGUUGCAACAGAAGUAUAGCGAACCAAUUAAAUUGAUAUAUUGUAAAACUCAAUGGAUGUUGAGAUAUAUAAGUAAUUUAUUUAUGUGAAAACCAGUUUAAAAUUACCAAUGUAGAUGGCUAGUUUAACAUAUAAAAUGUACCUGCUUACAAAAUGGUAAAAGGAAAACUUUAAAAGGAGCUAGACAGGAAGUGGUAUAAGGUCAUCUUGUAUUUGCAAAUGUUUUGUGAAUGCAUAUCAUGGAGGCAGGCCUUCCAUGCAUAACAUGAUGUCUGGCUUUUUAUCUUGUAUAUUUUUAACAUGUGAUCAUGAUUGACACUAACACGUAGUUUGCAGUUUGAUUCCUGUGUUACGGUUAGAUAAAAAAUUUUGUAUUUAUAUCCACCGAUGCUAAAAGAAUCUCUGAAGAUUUUUACAAUUUGUGCAUUUAGUCUGUAUAGGCUGCUGGUCAUUUACUGCCAAUUACACUGGGGUAGUGGAGGUUAAUUAUAUUUCCAUAUAUUAGUCAUAUUAUGGUGAGAUUGCAGCUCUGAGGUGGCAGGUUUGAACCCCAGGUUGGCCAGUGAUAUUGGAUAUUUCUAUCAGCCCAGAGUAUGGAAUUUGUGCCCGAUAUAGCCAUGACUUAGCUCCUAUCACAUCUGUCUGAAUACACAUGGCGAAGAUUGGGUGUACCCGUUGCGCCUAUACGUGGCGAAAAUUGGGUGCACCCUUUGCGCCUCUGCCUACGGCUUCGUGUUUAAAGGCAUAAGUGUCAACUUAACUCAAACAUUGAUAAUGUGGCUUCCUAUUCGUAAAGUAAUUUUCAAAAGAAGUUCAGUACUGGAAUUCCUUAAUCAAAGCACCAUGUUUUUCACACACAACAAUUUGUUGUAGAUUAGUUUAUGUCAUCACAAUCUACAUGUUUUUAAUUACAGUAAGUUUAAUGUAGAAAAUAAAACACAAUUACAUCUCAUAUAAGAUUAUGUUAUGGUGAACAAAAAUAAUGUUAUUUUAUUAUAAUUUUAAAUCGUAUCAAAAUAGAUGUUCAAAUACCUUAUUGAAGGUAUAAGAGAGAUCAACAAAAAAAUAAAGGCAAAUAGCUUCUCAGUAAUCAAUAUAAUUAUAAAUCUUGUCGAAAGAGAAGUCCAAAUACCUUUUAGAAGGUAUGAAACAGAUCAAUAAAAAUGAGAAAAAAAUAUAAUUAAAAAAAGCUAAAAAUAAUGUUAGGUUCUUGGUUAUAAAUGUUUUAAUUUAUAUUUACAUUUAAUAUAUGUAAUGCUCAUAGUCAUAGCACAUUAGUACUUACUACAUCAUAAGCCUACUAAUCUAUUGUGACAUGUGAACGAUUCAAAUCAAGUAUCGAACAUGGGUAGCAUAAAAUUAGUGCUCAAAAGGCCAGUAGGCUAUUUACUCAGCACUUAUAGAAAAAAUUAAGCGCGUAAUUUACCUGUCUACCUAUCCCUUUGGAGUGGUACUGAAAGUCGAGAAUCAAAUAAGAAUAAUACUGAUGACAAUAUUUAUUGAUAGCAAAUAAACACGCUUGUCCAUAUCAUCGAUCCUUGUGCUUAAACAAACACACAUCACGCUUUAAUCGGAGAUGGAGUAGGCAGAGCCAGAACCAGGGCACCCACUUUAAAAGGGGGCGAGUCUAUUGCCAUAUAAGGUACCAUUUCCAGUCUCUGGUAUUGAACACAAAAACUCAAUAUAACUUGACCUUACCCAGGUUUAACCCGGGACUUCAGCAGUGUCGUACCGCGCAAUACAAUGAGACCGACGUUGUGUUUACUUGCACGUCAUCAAACGUUGUGUUGCGAAUAAUGAUAUGUGAAUUCAACCCACCUGUAUCUAUACAUUAAUAAUCUUAUGCUCACCCAUUGUUUUUAUAAUACUGCAUUCAGACAGAAGCAGUGUCUUAAGACCUGUAAUCUGGUUUUUCGAGAAUUGUAAGACGUCUAAAGAUAUCAGUGGUUUUGAGUCCCGGCACACGAUAUUUAUAGCUUUUGCUCGCGGCUUAAGUCUUCCCGGGAUAAAAAGUAGCCUAUUGCAUAUGCGAACAACGUAGCUUUCUAUAAAUAAAGAAAAUCAUAAUCGGUUUAGUAAUACCUGAGAUUAUCGCGUUUAAACAAACGAAUCCCUUUCAGCUUUAUAUAUUAGUAUAGCAUUAUUUCUGAAAUUAAAACAUCUUGCGAACAACAGUUUUUGGAUAAGUCCAACGUCUGAUAUUUACGUCACGCUUAGGACAAAAGUACAAAUCGAUUCCGAAACUAUCAUUUCUGCGCCAGACGCUAAGGGGACUGGCGUUUCAGUCUAGCCCCGAAGGUCGGUAACGUAAUGUGAAAGUUAAACACGCCUAGUUGCCUAACUGAACAAAGGAGUCCGAGCAAAUAAUAUUCACGCUUAUUUAUCUGAUUUUCAACCCUCCUGCGUAGAUAUUAGUGUGGAAAUCUCAAUUAGUUUUUCCUUACACCACCUGCAUACCUUACUAUAAAUAGUGGUUGGAUGCGGGCUGCCCAAGACCGGCAUAGUUGACCCUCACUUAGGAAGGACUACGUUCAGCAGUGGACGGAGAGGCUGAUUGAUACCUUUGAAGUUCUUUAAAGGAUUUUGAGGGUAUGUGAAGUCUGCUAAUCAGCACUAGGCCAGCGUGGUGGAGUAAGGCCUAAUCCCUCUCAGUAGUAGAGGAGGCCCAACAGUAGAACAGUAAAUACAUUGCUGAUAUUAUAUAUUAUGCUCUAUUUAGACAUCUGGUCGGUAAUGUCUGGCUAAAACCCAGAUGUUUAUGUAACUGGUUUUUCUAAUAAUAUCUAAAUUAACAAUAAUACGAGUAUUAAAAUAUGUGUCCGGGGUAACUAUUUCGUUCUGUUUAAGAAUCGAAUCCAGAACUUACCGGUACACUUCACAAGCUCAAGUGUGCUGUCAAUAAGGCGAUGUACUUGAACUAUUUUAAGGCCCUUCAUAUUGGUGGUACUCAAGUUUAAGUAUACAUAUAGUUUUGCUUGCUAUUUCGCCUACAUACAAACCCGUCAUUAUGAUAUAAAAUAUAUAGCUAUAUUAUGAUUAUGAUAUAAGAUAUAUAGCUAUAUCCUAGUUUUUGCUCGCGGCUUUCGAGAUAUUUUUUUUCGACUUACUUGAUAUGACCAAAUUACACAAAAUCAUUAUAAAUUGUAGCCUAUGUGUUUAUUCAUAUGUAUAACUAAUAUUACUGCAAAGUUUCAUCCAAAUCCGUUCAGUAGUUUUUUCGUGAAAGAAGAACAAACAUACAUACACCUAUCCUACAAACUUUCUCAUUUAUAAUAUUAGUAGGAUUCAGGGAUGUACUAUUAGUCAGAGUUUUUAAUCAUAUAUCCGGAGA